CGAGGGGCCAUGGACCAAAGCGAGCGAGCCCGGCACCAUGACAUUCGCCCGCGUCCCUCUGGCAGCGGCGGCGGUGGUGGCGGCGGCAGCUGUUGUUUUAGGCACGCUCUCUAAAGCGGGCAGCGCCGAGCCUGGCCGCCCUUUCCUCCGCGUCCCUCGGGGCUUCGCCUCCUCCCCGCAGCGCUCCCCGCCGUCUCUGCCGCUCCAGCACCAGCAGCUCACCGGCGGCGGCGGCGGCGGCUGCUCGGGAAGCGGCGGGCGCUUUGUCAACGUGACGGAGUUCGGCGCCGAGUGCCUGCACUGGGCGGAGGUGCCGGCUUUCCUGGAGAAGACGCCGCAGGGCAAGGCGCUGCGGGAGCAGCGCAACUUCUGCAGGAACCCCGACGGCAGGAGCAGGCCCUGGUGCUUCUACAGGAACGCCCGAGGCAGGGUCGACUGGGGCUACUGCGGCUGCCGGCAAGGGUCAGUGAGACUUCGAGGUGGCAAACACGAGUAUGAAGGCAUAGUUGAAGUUUAUCUGAAUGGAAUAUGGGGAACAAUCUGCAGCAGUCACUGGGAUGAUACAGAUGCAUCAGUGAUAUGCCAACAACUUGAACUUGGAGAAAGAGGCACAGCAAAGCACACCCCAUUUCCUGGACUGGGCCUUAUCCCUGUUUACUGGAGUGAUGUACGUUGCCGUGGCGAUGAAGAAAACAUCCUGCUCUGUGAAAAAAGUAUCUGGCAGGGUGGAAUGUGUCCUCAGAAUAUGGCAGCUGCUGUCGCUUGCAGUUUUUCCCAUGCCUCCAAUUUUAUCCCCAUUCGGCUGAUUGAUGGAAACAGUGCUCAUGAAGGAAGAGUAGAGGUCUACCAUGCUGGUCAGUGGGGAACCAUCUGUGAUGACCAAUGGGAUGAUGCUGAUGCUGAGGUAGUCUGCCGGCAGCUUGGCCUUGGGGGAGUUGCCAAGGCAUGGAGCCAAGCUUAUUUUGGAGAAGGCUCAGGCCCUGUGCUGUUGGAUGAAGUGCGUUGUACAGGAAAUGAGCUGUCUAUAGAACAGUGUCUGAAGAGCUCCUGGCAAGAACACAAUUGUGGCCACAAAGAAGAUGCAGGGGUUUCUUGCACGCCUCUGGCAGAUGGUGCACUCAGACUAGCAGGCGGAAAAGGCAACCAUGAGGGACGGCUGGAAGUGCUUUACAAUGGACUGUGGGGCACAAUCUGCGAUGACGGGUGGACUGAGAUGAACACGCACGUGGUUUGCCGGCAGCUGGGCUUUAAGAAUGGAAAAAGUGUAUCUGAACGCUACCUGGAAGAGAGCUCUGGACCCAUCUGGCUGGAUGAUGUCAGCUGCUCAGGAAAGGAGCCUGCCCUCUCCCAGUGUUCAAAGAGGGAGUGGGGAAAGCAUGACUGCAGCCACCAGGAGGAUAUCAGAAUUAGUUGCUAUCCAGAGAAUGACAGCCACAAAGUCUCACUGGGGCCUCCUAUCAGAUUGAUGGAUGGUGAGAAUAAGAAAGAGGGACGCGUGGAGAUCUUUAUCAAUAGCCAGUGGGGGACAAUUUGUGAUGAUGGAUGGUCUGAUAAGGAUGCAGCUGUGGUAUGUCGACAACUUGGCUACAAAGGUCCAGCAAGAGCAAGGACUAUGGCAUAUUUUGGAGAGGGAAAAGGCCCCAUCCACGUGGAUAAUGUGAAAUGUACAGGCAAUGAAAGAUCCCUGGCUGACUGCAUUAAACAGGAAAUUGGCAGGCACAAUUGUCGUCAUAGUGAAGAUGCUGGGGUGAUCUGUGACUACCUUAGCAAGAAAGCAGCUGGGAACAGUAAUAAAGAUUCUCUUGCUUCUGUGUGUGGUUUGAGAUUACUGCAUCGUCGCCAGAAGCGGAUCAUUGGUGGGAAAAAUUCUUUAAGAGGUGGAUGGCCCUGGCAGGUUUCUCUGCGACUAAAAUCCUCCCAUGGUGAUGGAAGACUGUUGUGUGGUGCCACUCUCAUCAGCAGUUGCUGGGUGCUUACUGCAGCACACUGUUUCAAGAGAUAUGGCAAUAACACUCGCAGCUAUGUGGUGCGAAUUGGAGACUACCACACAUUGGUACCCGAGGAGUACGAGGAAGAAAUUGGGGUACAAGAGAUUGUGCAGCACAGAGAAUAUAGGCCUGAUAGCAGUGACUAUGAUAUUGCACUAGUGAGGCUGCAAGGGCCUGAGGAACAGUGUGCUAGGUUCAGCACACACGUCUUACCUGCCUGUUUACCGGUCCGGCGAGAGAGGCCACACAAAACAGCUCCCAAUUGCUACAUCACUGGUUGGGGUGAUACAGGAAGAGCCUACUCAAGAACAUUGCAGCAAGCUGCUAUCCCCCUACUUCCUAAGAGGAUUUGUGAAGAGCGAUAUCGGGCAAGAUUCACAGGGAGGAUGCUAUGUGCUGGCAGCCUACAAGAGCAGAAACGUGUGGACAGUUGCCAGGGCGACAGUGGUGGACCACUGAUGUGUGAACGUCCAGGAGAAAGCUGGGUUGUGUAUGGGGUGACCUCCUGGGGAUAUGGCUGUGGAGUGAAAGACUCUCCAGGAGUCUAUACCAAAGUUUCUUCUUUUGUCCCCUGGAUAAGAAGCGUGACCAAACUAUGACAGUCUGGCCAUAAUGACCAGAAACAGCACAGCCAAUGAACAUCUGGGGCAUGCAGUGGGAGACAUUUUCCCUUUGGUGUGUGCCCCUUUUUGGUUAAAAUAGUUCAUCAUAAAGUAACUUGUAACUCUUACAUGGAAACAAGGGUGAAGAAAAUCAUCCUUCUCCAGUGUCCCCCUAUAAAUGAAAUCCCAAAAUAGCACAAGUUAAAUGACACACAAAUUCUGAAUAGAAGUAUGAAUAAUCAUGAUGCCUAUCUAAUCUGAAGAAGCCAUGUACUUAAACCAUGUACAAAAUUUCUGAAGCCACUAAGGCCCAUGGAGCAAAUGAGAAAUGGUGAGAUUCUCUUAUAUCUUUACUGUCUGGGGAGAUCAACACCACUAGUCUAAAACUGAGUAGUACAUAGACUGAACAUUUUAUGUGUAUUUGAUAAAUACUGUAUCUUUUUGCCACUGUUCAGUGGAAUUAAUGGGGUCUUCGGAUACAUUGCACUAUUCUCACUGAGUUUCCAGAAAGUUGGAUUUUUAAAGCACAGUAAACAACAUUAUCUUCUCAGACAACUAAAUUCCACAUGAAUUCCAUUGCAUAAUGGCAGACUGUUGAAUGACUUCACCCUUUAAGAAUGACAAAGUACCUUUUGUAUUUGGGCACAAUAUCUUCCAUUCCUUUUUGAAAAUAAUGUUAGUAAAACCAGCAGCACAUUCUUAUGAAGAGUAACACUACAGUUAUGCUUAGUGACAAGUUACUGAUUUUUCCUGGAAGGAGGCAAGUUCUUAAAAGCUAUAUAUUGUAUUAACUACCAGUGGCUUCAAAAUUAACUCCAAAAUAGGAAACUGCAUUAUUUAUGAACUGUGUGUAGGAGUAUCUGCAGCAAGAUAGGAUCACUGAACAUUCACUACAUUUUUUGUUCCAACUGAAUUUUUUUUUUUAAAUUAGUGUAGCAAUAGCUCUGUGCCAUGAGGGUGAGGCAUGUUAGUUCUGUUUCAACCUAUCAGUUUAUGUACACGUGAAGUCAAAGUGCAAUGGUAUCUUCUUUCUGUUCAAAUGCUACCUUCAAUGUGUUGGUCGUUGGAUGCAUGUACUUCUGUAGCAGAGUAGUAGUGUAUUUACGUAUCCACUGGUCUGUUCUCAGCAUGUUAUGAUUUCAGGUUUUGUUGCAGUGGUUAUCCUCAGAGGGAGCAAAUACAAAUCCCUUGAGCGCCAUCAAAGUCCUUCUGAAUAAUUGGCCCUUUCUUUGUAAAACCAAAACCAACCACCCCAAAUAUAUAAUGUGGCAAAAGGGUAUAAAGUGAAAGUGGUGUCGACUCCUGGUGACCACAGAGCCAUGUGGCUUUCUUUGGUAGAAUACAAGAGGCGUUUACCAUUGCCAUCUCCCAUGCAGUAUGAGAUGAUGCUUUUCAACAUCUUCCUGAAUUGCUGCUGUCCAAUAUAGGUAUUUCCCAUAGUCUGGGAAACAUAUCAGUAAGGAUUUGAACCAGCAACCUCUUGCUCCCUAGACAAGUUACUUCCCCGCUGCACCAUUUGGUGGCACAAAAGGGUAUGCUGACCUUUAUAUAUGUAAGAUAGGUGCUAGGCACAUCUAUCUUGUGUUUGUAUACAGUAUUUAUAUGGCUUUCUGUAAUUGUGCACAACAGGAAGCCCCCAACUUACAAAUGGGUUCUGUUGCAAGGGUUUGGAAGCCAGAUAUUCAUAUAGUUCCCAAGAGCUAUGACACUGGGUGAAAUUGGGUGCUUCCUUAAUGUUUGUUAUUGAGUAGUGUUUGUAUGGAUGGGUAUUUGAUGCUUGAUUAGGUUCUGUUUGGCAGGUUUCAUGUAUCAUUGCAGAAAGCGCCAUGUUUGUUUGCAAGGACAUCCUGCAUCAGAAUAGUUUCCAGUACAAUCUUGAUCUGAAGCACUUAUUAAAAUAAAAAUUCACUAAGCUUCCUAAACUACAAUGAAUUUGUUUGAUAGCACACUAUGACAAUUUAGCACUCCACUUAAAGGCUCACCAGGAAUCAUGACUUUCUAGUAUUUGUAACAAGAUUAUCUGCUUAUGCUAUUUUAUAUAUUGGUCACUGAAGCCAUACAAUGUAAAAUUGUAUAAUAAAAGCUGCCACUUCCUGAAAUUCUUGAUACUUUGCCAUUAACUCAUUUAAUCAGAUAAUUUAACUUAAGAUACAGAACUAUGCUGCAUGGCACACACUUCUGCCAGGCUUCCCGCACAAGUUGUAUAACUAUCUUGAGUUUUCACCUUCCUUAUCUUCUCCGGAAUAAGUGUGGCAGAAAAUACCAUUAGAUUUUUUUCUUCAAAAAUAAAAAUCUUUUGAACUGUG